AUGACUUCAAAGACAUGCCCUCAACGAUAUGAGGAGCUUUUGAAGCCACCAGCACCGUCGGCGCAGGCAAGACCAUUGUCGACGACAUCUUCAUCAGCAUCAUCCUUGCACGCAGGAGAAGCUCCAAGACCAACGUCUUCAGGAUCAUCAGAGCAGGCAGAGUCAGUAAUAGAUAGUGCCAGUUGCAUUAUCGUCAGUCUCGACGGCGCGGACAAUAUGGUGCCGGCAGCAUCAUCAGCAGCACCACCGGCACAGACAAGGAUAAUGCCGACAUCAAGGUAUGAUGAUCCUCGGGCUAUCUAUCAGAGAUAUGUUGCUGCUCGAGAUGCUUGGUACAAGGUGCAGCCUCGUGGCAGGCGCUAG